GCUUUUUUUUAUGCCAACAUGUUUCGCAAGCUACUACCAAACAAUUUGCGUUCUCUGGGGGAACAACAGCUUCGUUUGGUCCAAACUGUAUCUAAGGAAGCUGAAAAGCAGCCGAAAAAGUCCAAAAAACUGGAUCCACCGAAAGGGUAUAAGCCCAAUUGUAAGACCAAAUUUGGACCACUGGAUGACUGCGAUCGGAUCUUUCAGAAUCUUUAUGGACGCCACGAUUGGCGAUUGCAGGGAGCCUGUGAGCGGGGUGAUUGGCAUCGCACUGGGGAUCUCCUGGAGCAAGGUCCUGAAUGGAUAAUGGAGCAGGUGAGCAAGAGUGGUCUGCGCGGACGUGGAGGAGCUGGAUUCUAUGCCGGACGCAAAUGGGAUUUCCUGCGAAAGGCGAAGUCGGAAAAGGUGCCCAAGGUGGUUAUUGUGAACUGCGCAGAAGGAGAGCCGGGAACCUGCAAGGAUCGGGAAAUCCUGCGCCACGAGCCACACAAACUGAUCGAGGGCAUGCUCCUGGUGGGCGUGGCCAUGGGAUGCGGGCGGGCCAUUGUAUACGUUCGGAAUCGAUUCUACAAUGAGGCUUGUAACCUGCACUUUGCCCUGGAGGAGGCCUAUCACCACGGUUUGGUGGGGGAAAGUGCCUGUGGCUCGGGCAUAAAGUUCGAUGUGAUGGUCCAGCGGGGAGAUCGGUACUUGUGUGGCGAAGAAACCGCCAUGAUCAACUGCUUGAUGGGUAAAUUGGGGCGACCUCGUCGUCGUCCGCCCUAUCUCACCGAGAAGGGUUACUUCGGGCAUCCCUGCUUGGUGAUCAAUGCCGAGUCCAUUGCCGUGGUGCCUUCGAUCCUGCGAAGAGGCUCCGAAUGGUGGGCAGGAUUGGGUAGCAGUUACAAUACUGGAACCAAACUGUAUUGUCUAAGCGGUCAGGUUAAUAAUCCUUGCACUGUGGAGGAGGAAAUGUCCAUUCCCCUCAAGGAUCUCAUUGAACGACAUGCCGGUGGAGUAAAGGGCGGUUGGGAUAACCUUGCGGCUGUCUUUCCAGGUGGUCUGUCCACACCCUUGUUGGAUCCUCCAACUGCUGCCGAGGUUCUCAUGGAUUUCGAUUGCCUGGUGGCGGCGGGCAGUGGUCUCGGAUGUGGAGCCGUCAUUGUAAUGUCCAAGGACAGUGAUCCUCUGGCGGUGAUGCUGCGUUCCAUUCAAUUCUUCGAGAAACACACCUGCAAGCAAUGCACUUAUUGCCGUGAUGGUGCCAUUUGGCUUCCGGAGAUAUUUGCCCGAUUCGUCAAGGGACAGACACAUCCGCACGAGAUCGAUUGGACUUUGGCCAUAGCCGAUAAGAUCAGGAAUAGCAAACCAAUUUGCGGUUUGGCUUAUAGCCAAGUUAGCGUGGCCGAGAGUCUAGUGCGAUUGUUUGGCCCUCAAAUAGAGGAACGCAUCCUUAAAUACGCAAAGGGAUCUUGAAAUAAGCCCACUUAAAUUUACAAAAUUUGUAUUCAUUAUUAAUAAGAAAUAUUUAACAUAGAAUCAAAUAAUUAAUACAACGAA